CAAACUCCCUCCUUCUUCGUUCUUCCUCACUUCAAAUCUCUCUCUCACUCUCUCUCUGCAAAUGGCGUUUUCAUUUUCCAAGAAAAAACCCUCUUCAAGAUACAGUUCCUACGAUUCACGUUCAUCAACAUCCUCAAUCUUUUCAGACCCAUCUUCAUCCUAUGAAUUCAACAACAUGAACAACAACCUUAAAAACCCCAAAUCCUCAUCUUCAUCUCGUGCUAUUGUCAAAGCUAAAUCCUCUUCUCAUCUAACUCCAACAACAAAACUUGAUCCAACAUUAACCACAAUGGUCAAAAAAUUCAUGCAGAAUAAACCCAAAUUAGUGAACCCAACAAGUACUAAGUUGUUCAUUCCUUCUGAUGUUAUUGCUAAAGAUUUGAAGAAAGAUGCUAAAAGGGUCACUACUUUUUCUGGGAUGCAGAAGAAACUGUUUGGGAAAAAUGGGUCAUCUGAGAAGAAAGAAAAGGUUAAAGCUUUGACAGAAGUGAAAGGGAAUACUAGAACACUUGCUAUGGUUUUGAGGAGUGAGAGGGAGCUUCUGAGUAUCAAUAAGGAGCAAGAGGAGGAGAUUUUGAAGCUCAAGCUUAUGAUUGAGAAUAAGAACAAAGAGGUAGAGAAGUUGAAGGAUUUGUGCUUGAACCAAAGAGAAGAAAUCAAGUCAUUGAAGGAUACAAUACUGUUUCCAGAUGUUAUGAAUUGCCAGCUUCAAGAACUUGUAGAGAAGCAAGGGUCAGAACUGAAAGAAGCAAAACAAGUCAUUCCAUCUCUACAAAAGCAGGUUUCUUCUCUCACUGGUCAGCUUCAAAGCCUCGCCGAGGAUCUUGCAGAGGUCAAGGCUGAUAAGUAUUCAACAAAAACCGGUUUCCAAGGUUACGGAAGUUCUCCAAGAACACCGCCAUCACAUUCCCGGGAAGACGCUUCAAACUCUUGGGACUUUAGCUCGGAUGACAAUUCCGAUGACCUAUUACUCAGAGAUCUCAAUCCAUGCUUAACACCUCACAAUGCCAACAAGUCAAGAUCAAGGGAAUCUCUGCAGGAUGAAAGCUUAUCUGGGGACGAUCUUAAAGUAUAUCCUGAGCUAGAUGAUUUCAAUUCUUACGAUCAGAAGUUUUCAAAAAGUUCCGACUGUUACAAUCAUAACACUGUCAAAAUUGGCAAAAUAGGAAUUACAACCAAAGCAAGUCGAAGAUCUGAUGACAGCAAAACAGCUUGGAGGUAGAAUGAACCGUAAACUUAUUUGAUCAACUUCAAUCACCGUUCCUUUGUUGAGAUUCCUCAUCUCUUUUCUUUAUUUCCAUCUUUCAGUUUUGUCAUCAUACUGUGUCUGUUUUAGAAUUUUGACAUUGUACUGUAUCUUAGUACAUGUAACAUCGAAUUAUCUAUCCUUGUAUAUGGUUCGCAUGAGCAAUGAAUAAGGUGUCAUCUUGACA